CUGAUCUUCGACCAGUCGUCAUCUCAAGAAAAGAUGAGGAAUCUGAUUUUGUCGACCCUUUUGAGUUUGUGUGUUUUAGGACUUCACGUACGCGGCGAUGUCUAUCUUCAUAAUCCGCGGGGUUCUAACAACAGAUUGUUAGGCGAAGGAGCCAAUCGUAAAAAUGGGAACAGAGUGUUCGACUCCCAGAAUAACGCUAAAGGUGGUUACAACGCUGGUGAAAAGAGCGAAAAAAAGACAACUGAUUGGUAUCAUAUGCAAUAUUUCAUGAGCGGCACCUCGGCUGAUGCACCAACUAUCCUGAAUCUUGAAUGGACCAAUCAGCACGGCUGUGGCGACGGUGACCUGAAUUGUAACAUCGUCUUGCAAUACAUGUGUCGCCCUUCCGGACAGGAGGAUGAACAAAGGGAGAUGAGGAACGGCAAAACAGAGUCGACCCCAAUCUAUAGAAAACGCAAUCUUAAAAAUCCUGCAAAAAAAUCUGCGGAAAGAAGGUCGCAAUCACUUCUUGACAGAGCUUACAACGAGCAGUGGGAAUGGUAUGACAAGUGCAACAGGAGAGAAAGAAACAAAGGUCUGUUCACAGCUGAUCAGAACCUCAAGAGAAACACAGCAAGGUACACGCGACAAAACCCA